CUGCUGCUGUGCCUGCCGAACGCAAACAGUACGCACGGACACAGCUUGUCACGAGAGCUGCAGAGAGGGUGCGAGCUCACCAGCACGCGUAAGACCGGACAGCGACACAGUUCGCACACCGCCGCUGCGAGAGCAGUGCUCUCCCACUUGUGGGCAAGUUGUAAGCAAGCGCGAGUGCCGCGCCGACGCAGAAACAUGUCGUCGUCCAGCGACAGCGACGCGUCGUCGUCGGCCUCGGAGAGCGACGACGACUCGCUGUCGCCCGCGGACCUCGCGGCCAUCAACGCGUUCGUCGGCGACGACGAAUGGAGCGACGCGGGCAGCGCGUGCUCGGAUUCGUCCGGCGCGCUCGCGCGGGAGGUGUCGCGCUUCGAGCGCUCGCACGGGUUCGGGGCCGGCGCCGACGCCAACGCGGACUCGGAGGACGAGGACGCGGCCGCCGCCGCGCCGCCGCCGAAAGCAAAGCAGGAGCCUGGCGCGGCGGCACCCGCGGACAAGCAGGCCAAGUGUAAAGCUCGAAGGCAGCGCCAGCGCGAGCGCGCCAAGGCGAAGAAGAAGGAGCUGCAACAGGGCGGCGGCGGCCCGCCGACGUUGUUCGUGCGAGCUUUUAACGGCGACCUCGACCGGCGGGAGCUCACAAAGCUCGCCGAGGCGACGCUCGGCGAGGGCGCGGUCACGAAGGUGCGGGCCGUCGGCGCGCCGGGCAAGGCCGCGAGCGCCUACGUCGAAUUGCGGGAAGGUAGCGUCGUCUCUACAUCAGCACAAAAGCUCCACAAGAAGCAGUUGCCAGGCGGCGCGCAGCUUUCUGUCAAGCCCGCGCUCGACAAGAAGGGGCUCGAGGCCGUCGUAAAGAAGGGGGCGAAGCGCAAGGCGGAACCGUCGGCGAAGGCCGAGGGAAAGCGCCGAGCAGUCCUCAAAAAGAAGGCGGGCAAGGAGACGCCGGCGCAUUCCAAGCUCGCGAAGAAGAGGUCUUCUAAGAAGAAGAAGUAAUAUCAUCAAGUUACACAGGGGAGG